AUGCAUACAUCAAGAAAGUCCUCCGAAUGGGGCCAAUGUGUGAUUGAUAAGGAAAAUUGCGAUGCUGAAGAUCUUCAUAACUACUCGGCUCAGCGAUGGAUGUGGAACGAAGCCCAGCAGCUGCAAAGCAGGUAUCGCGCGUUUGACCUGGAUGCUUUGAUCCACGUUGCCGAGCAAGCCGCCGGCAACAAUGCCGUGUGCGCCAACAUCUCCAAACUCCCCGAAGGGAACUUCAACAAGGCAUUCCUUGUGACCAUGCGGAAUGGGUCGGAGCUCGUGGUCAAGAUCCCCAAUCCAAACGCAGGUCCUACUCAUUACACCACCGCAUCAGAAGUGGCAACGAUGCGAUAUGCAAGGGAGAACCUCCAAAUUCCGGUCCCCAAAGUCCUAAUGUAUUGCUCCCGGGCCGGCAAUAGUAAGCUAGGCGCCGAGUACAUCGUGAUGGAGAAGGCUCCCGGUGUUGAGCUGAGCCGCGUGUGGGACACUCUCAAGCCGCGUGACAAACUGUCUAUCGUUAAGCAAAUCGGUUCGAUCACUUCUCGAGUUUCUUCGGGAAGGUUUCCGUCUCACGGCUCGUUGUACCUUCGUGAGGACAUCGCAGAGUCCGAGACUAUCGCAUUUGAUAAUACCUUUGCGAUUGGUCCAACUACAGGCCGAGCAUGGUUUGACGAUGAAAGAGCGGAGGUCGACGUUCCUAGAGGCCCUUGGCCGUGUACGAAGGACACUAUUCAUGCCUUGGUUCAGCGAGAGCUAGCCUGCAUCUACCAACUCCCCAGCUUUCCUCGAGAUCACCAACAGGGAAUCUUCAACGGACCCGGUGGGUACCACCCCCGAAUGGAAACCAAAUUAUCCGUCCUGCAAGACUUCCUACGCAUACACCAACAUCUCCUUCCCAAGGACGAAGCCCUCAACAACGGCAUAAUCUGGCACAACGACCUUCAUCUGGACAACGUCUUUGUGAACCAGGACCAUCCCACCAAAAUCACCAGUAUCAUCGACUGGCAAGCGGUCCCUAUCUACCCGAUGUUCCUGAUCGCCCACCACCCAUCCCUCAUCGAGUAUGACGGUCCGAAGCCUGAGCGAUUUGUUCAGCCUCAGCUUCCGGAGGAUUUUCACGACCUGAACCCCGCCGACAAAAAGGCUGCUGGGGAGCUGUAUCUCGCUCAAACCCUCUGGCUUUACUACGAGACGCAGGUUUACAAGGAAGCGCCGGACUUGCUGCAUGCAUUCAAGUACCACGAGACUGUGCAGUCGGAUCUACUGGGUCUGGUUGGAUCGGUCUUCGACGAUGGGGAGUCACAUGUCCAGAAACUUCUUGCCACCGUGGCCACGGACGAGGUCUGGAAACAGCUUGUCGGGGUGGAUGGUCACGGAGAUCCGAGGGUGGCGUGUCCUCUGAGUUACACUGAGCGGGACUUGGGGAGGCAGGCUGAAGACUACGCCCGAUGGGAGAGAGACGUUGAGAGGAAAGCCCGAGUGAUCGAAGAAUUAGGGGUGUAUCCCGGGUGGAAUGGCGCUGUUCCGCCUGGUGACUAUGAGGAGAUGGCGAGAAGACUGGAAAUGGCCAAGAAGAGGUUUCUGGAUCGGGAAUCGAGGACCCCUGAGGAACGGAGCAUGUGGGAGAAAGCGUGGCCGUUCGAAGAUAAGGCUGAGUGAUGAGAGACUGUCUGACUGGAGAUGCCAGAACUUAAUAAACAGUACAAGCCCUUUUCUUAGCUACAGCACAGACAUAUAUCAAGAAACGCCAAGUUCGGAUUGUGCCGGAGCGCAUGUGGAGAUUUAGGCAAUUGUGAGUAUUACCACCUCGAGUAAUGAGAUGGAGAGUUUUGCCUUCCUAUCUGCUAUAGAACGCCUAGCGAGAAUGGUGUCGAACAUACAGUGGGUGGGUGAGGCUCAAUCAGUUGUUUUCCGAAGUCAACUCCUAGAUCC